GGCAAAUCACAACCGUUCAUCCGCCCCGACUCUUCCCACCUAUAAAAUGUACCUCCGUUACGCAUCUUGGUUUCCGAUCAUUCCACAAACAGAAAGCUAGGGUUUCGACUUCACCAUCGUUUCUCCGUUAACGCGUGAAUCUCUCUUGUAGCUGGAUAAAAGCAUCGCCAAAUCUAUUAGCCUCGAGGCUAAUUGUUCCUAAAUUCUCUUGAGCUUGUGCUUCGUUGAUUGGUCCGUGAGAAGACGAGCACAGCGGUACGGUCAUGGCGGGAGGCAAUUUCGUGCACCGAGUCAUGUCUUACGUCGUUAAUGAGCUCGUGGUUAAUGCGCUUGCAAACAGCCCGGCAUUCCAAAGAUUUGCAGUGAGAACUUCAAGGAGGAUGGAGGAUAUUUCAAGUAAAGCUGUUCAGAAGAGGCAGGAACUUAAUGAGCUGGUGAAAGAUUUGUCAAAGAAUUUUGAGAAUUUUAAAAACCAGUGAUGUAGUUGACAUGCUCCACAGCAACAGGCAGGCAGGAAGGGCGUUUGUAAGACAUCGUCGGCCUACUUUAAUCGUAAUAACAAUGUGUGGGUGUCUUGGGGGCUGAUAAUAUGGGAUUUUGGAAGAUGCAGACAUUUUGAGGUUACCGAACUGCUCUAAUGAGGGGUAUUGGUCAUUCUGGUUAAUUUUAUAGCAUGUGUAAAUGUGAUCAUCGUAAAGGUUGUGCUUUUGCCCGAUACUUGGGGCCUGUUUGACUAAGCAUUUUUUUAGAAAUUUUUAAACUGUUUAGUUUUUAAGUA